UUUUCUGGUUUUUAAGUUUUUAAAUAAUUUUUAAAAUUUCAGAAGAUGGAAAACGUUUACGCGGAUUCCUCGUUAUCAGAUGAUAGGGUGGAGAACUGUACUGUGAAGAAGAUGGAACACGUUUUCGCAGAUUCCUCAUUUCAAGAUGACAAGCUGAUGAAUCGUACUGUAAAGAAGAUGGAAAACGCUUUCGCGGAUUCGUCAGUCCAAGACAAUAAGUUGGAGAACUUUACUGUUAAGAAGAUUGAAAACGCUUUCGCGGAUUCCUCGUUCCAAGAUGACAAGUUGGAGAACUGUACUGUUAAGAAGAUGGAAAAAGUUUUGGCGGAUUCCUCGUUCCAAGAUGAGGAGGUUGAGAAGUGUACUGUGGAGGUGAAGCCGGACCUGAUCAUCAAGGAGGAGAGGAUGGAUGAUGAGGAGGAGGGAGACAUGGGUUACAUGGGAGGCCUAGCGAACCUGGAUAACGAGGAGGGAAAGGAGAUGGCUCGGAUGAAUUUUGAAGUAAUCAUGGAAGGUGUUGAGAAGCUUAUAAAAGAUGAAACACCAGACGUUAUCGAGUACACAUGUGACGAGUGCGAGUAUUCCGCAAACGGAUUAUAUAAUUUGAAACGACACAAACAAAGUCAUCAUGGAUCUCUGGAGUUUGAAUGCAACGAGUGCGGAUAUUUAGCUAAAAAUGCUAUUUCUUUGAAGGUACACAAGACUUUUAAGCAUAAAGGUGAAAAAGGAUUUAAAUGUCCCGUCUGUGACUAUGUAGUCGAUUCGCGUAGCGCUUUAAACCUUCACAGGAAAACAAAUCAUGGUGGUGUACAGCUUCCUUGUGAUAAAUGUGAGUAUGUAGCUCCCAGUCCUAAAGCUUUAAGAAACCACAAAAAGAAAAAGCACAUUGGUAUUCAGUUUACAUGCGACGAAUGUGUAUUUGCCACCAACACCGCCAGAAAUUUAGACAAACAUAAAGAUGAAAAACAUCCGGUUGAAUCUUGUUCCUGUGAGUAUUGUGACUUUGUAGCGUUGACUAGGAUAGCUUUGAGAGAUCACGGAAGAAGUAAACAUUCAGGGCAUUUGUGCGAUCAAUGCAGCUACUCAGGCGCAUCUGAGAGCGGACUCAGAAACCAUAAAGAAGUGGUUCACGAAGGAAAACGAUUUCCCUGUGAUCAGUGUGACUAUACAGGGUGUUCUAAAAGUAUGUUAAAACAUCACAAAGAAGCCACGCAUCAGGGUAUUCGGUAUCUGUGUGAUCAAUGCUUCUUCUCCACAACCUCAACUAAAUAUUUAGAACAACACAAGUUGAGUAGACACGAAGGAGUGAGGUAUCCCUGUGAUCAAUGUGAUUAUAUUGGAGCUCUAAAUAGUAAUCUAAGAGCACACAAGGCAGUUCGUCACGGAGAUAAAGAUGCUAAAUUUCUAUGCGAUCAGUGUGAAUUUGUAGCUACAAGUAAGAGCAACCUUGGAACCCAUAAACGAAGGAAACAUGUCGGAAUAGUUUAUCAUUGUGAAAGUUGUGAAUAUUCCUCACUCAGAAAAGAUUUUCUAAAAAGACACAGAGAAGCCAAACAUGAGGGAAUUAGAUAUCCUUGCGAUCAGUGUGAUUACGAGGCAACCCAGGCGGGUAACUUGAAAACGCACAAACUAAACAAACAUAAAUAACUCUCCAACUCCUGUAUAUAAGUCGAAAAUCCUGAAAUGCAAUCAGACUACAGUCAAUUAUUCUCAGUUAAGAUGUACAUUCUAUUAUAUUGUACGAUAGAACUUAAUCUAAGAAUACUGUGUUUAAAGUCUAGAUGUAUAAUUUUGACUCGAAGUCUUCCUUAAUUGACUUCAAUGGAUGUACUAGGAUAUCAAGAUAUAUCCUACGAAUCCUGCUAUUAUACCACUUAUAGUGUACAUUGUACAAGUUGACAAUUUUAACCAAUUCAGAUUUUAUGCAGUUGCAUAAUAUACACAAAAAUCAGAGCCGUGAAACUUGCAGAAAACAUAAUUUUGCUUAUUGGACAUGUAAAUGUAAUUACAUUAAAAAGACGCAGCUAGAAUUUAAAAGGAAUAGUUGACAACUUUUCUGUUGUUAAAACCUUUUUAUUCAUGAACUAACUAUAAAUUUUGUCUGACAAAUAUCGUUAUUGUAAAUAGACAAAAACUAAGGAUUUGAAUUUCCUAACUUACCCCCCCCCCCACACACACACACUUAGCUUUUAAUUGUAUAUGCUUGAGCUUAAUUAUAUCAAUUGAUAAUAUAUGUAUAAUGUAAUAUGUGAUAAAUGAAUGGUAUUUAACGUUUACUAUGUAAACUCGUGCACAAUUUAAUCAUUACAUAAUUCCGGGAUUUUACUCUCCUUUUAAAAUCAUGUUUUUCAUGAAGAAGUUCUUUGCAAAAAAAUUAGUUUGGGUGGACAAAUACAUUUUUAAGGUAAUUAGUUUUUUAGCUUCAGGUCCCUUUGUUCCUCAACGUUUAUAAAAUUGUACGUCCCCUGAAAGGAAGGUUAAUUAAGGAAUACACUUAAAAAUGAUAAAUAUUUAUUAAUGCGACCGAAAGCCAUGUUUAUUUACCGAUCUCGGCUGAAAAUUAACAUGAAAUUUUGUGAUAAUUUGUUCUUAUAAUUGUGCAAAUCUUAAAUUUCAAAUUAUAUAAUUAGUAGACAAUAAUCUAACGUUGCUUUACUCCAUUAAUAUCUUUUAAUUAAGUUUAUAAAAGCAAUGAACAUUAUCUUGUGAUUCUGUAUUUUCUCCAGUUUGUUUCCAUGUUGUUACAUGUUAUUUUAUUUCAAUGAUAUAUGUAAUAUAUGUAAUAUAUUUAGAACAAAAUGGAGGAUUCUAUAAAGUCAAAAACAGGGAUA